GCGGAAGACCGCUUGACGGAUCUACGGGACUGCUGCAGACUCGAGGUGCGACACGCUGCAAUGGCUGCGGUUCACGCACACACAAAGUCGGUCCGCUACAAGGAGCCACCUAUAUCCUUGCGAUGAAGCUCCCGCUGGCCGGUCUGGCGAUCCUGGUCGUCACCUUGUCGACUGUUCUACCGCUCAGCGAGGCGAAACUGCCCGCACAUCAUCAUGAUGCUCUUGCCAAACAUGCCGGCCAACGCUCGAUCAGCAAGCAUGGUCAUAAACAUCACCAUCACGCCUCCAAGAAGAUCAAGACGCUAACGGCCAAGCAAACAGCAGAGCUGCACGAGCAUGAGAAAGCCGCAAUGGAUCGCAUUCGCCACGGUCACCCUCACCUAUCAAGCUUCGGCAAGCGUGAUGACUUGGCAGUAACAGUACACAAGCGAGCCAGCAAGACUAAAAAGAAGAAGAAAAAGACCACCAAAAAGAAGACAACUACGGUAGCAAAGGCUACGAGCACGACGAAGGCGACGGCAGCCAGUAGCAGCAAGGCAGUCACUGCGACAACAGCGACCCCGUCCAGUACGUGUCCAGUCACUUACACCGAAGGCGCAACCACUAUUGCUGGCACGGGAACGCUGCCAAAGCCAACAGCCUUUGUCAAGCGCUCUGGACAAAAUCUGCUGCUGAAUGGCAAGAAUUAUCGCAUGGCAGGGCCCAACGUAUAUUGGCUCGGGCUCGACGAGAACGUGCAGCCGAGCCCAAGCUAUCCAGACAAGGGUCGAGUGCGUGAAGCAAUGGCAAUCGCAGUGGCAAUGGGCGCGAAUACGAUCCGUGCGCUGAGUCUGGGCAUCUCGUACGGCAAUUCCUUGUCUCUUAUGCCGUCGCUAAAUACUUAUAAUGCACAGGCAUGGGACGCAAUCGACUAUGCGGUCUACGCCGCCGGCCAAUAUGGUCUUCGCGUUAUAAUCACCCUGGGAGAUGAUUACCAGUACUAUACCGGGGGCAAGUACACAUUCCUUCGUUGGCUAGGGAUAUCGACUGGCAAUUACGGCAGCGCAUUUUACACCAAUGCGAGUGCGCUCAACGCCUUCCGCAGCUAUAUCCAAACGUUCAUCACGCACAAAAAUCCAUACACCGGCUUGACGUAUGCGCAAGAUCCAACCAUUAUCGCUUGGGAAACUGGCAAUGAAUGGGGCGCAUACAUUGGAAGGGAAGGAUAUCCGCCCUUGGCCUUCACAAACAACAUCGCCAGUCUCAUCAAGCAUCUCGCGCCAAAUCAGCUCAUCAUCGAUGGCACUGACGGUCUAUGGAAUUACUCGACUGGUGCAACUGCGCCGGGCCUCAAAUCGUCAUAUAUUGAUAUCGCGAGCGAUCAUCUUUAUCCGAUCAACACCGGCAUCUUCAGCAAGGAUCUUUCACUAGCCAAGAGUGCAAAGAAGAACCUCCUGAUCGGAGAAUUCGACUGGACAGAUUAUAGCAAGCUGCAAUCGUACAUCAGCGCGGUGGAGAAGACCAAUUACGUCGGCUCGAUGGCCUGGUCCGUCUUUGGCCAUGCCUACACAACCGGCGACCAGUGCUGCGGCGCCUACGUGCAGCAUUCUGACUCGUACUCGAUCUACUACCCCGAUGGCAAUAGUGCCGCCCAACAGUCGAAUAUACUGGCGCUUUCGCAGCAUUGGCAUCGCUUGACCGGCCAGACGCCUCCAAAGACGCUGAAAGCCGUUUUGUGUCCUCAGCCAGUAUUGGCAAAAUAGAGCUUCGACAUUGGUAUGAUUCUAGAGAGGUUGUCAGCGCGGGGUGUGCGCAACAUGGACAUUGCAGUUCGGGUUGUGGCAAUUUUGU